AGCUGAACAGCUACAGCAGUGGAGAGUCCAUGCUGGUGAAAGUGCAGAUCUGUGUUUUCAAUCUGAUGAUACAUUCAUUACAAAAGAACAAAACACAACAUUAACUCAGCUGAAACACCAAACCAAGACUUUUCAAGAUGGCAUCUCAGAGUUCAAGUUCUAGGGACAGUAUAACUCCAGUUCAGCAGAUGGUGGCCUCUUGUUCUGGUGCUUUACUCACUUCACUGUUUGUAACUCCGCUAGAUGUCAUUAAGAUCAGACUGCAAGCCCAGAAAAUUCCUUUAACUAAAGGAAAAUGUUUUGUGUACUGCAACGGCCUGAUGGAUCACAUAUGCGUGUGUGAAAAUGGGAACAGCAGGGCAUGGUACAAACCUCGUGGGCAUUUCAGUGGCACACUAGAUGCUUUCAUCAAGAUUUUACGCAUGGAAGGAAUCAAGGCACUGUGGAGUGGCCUCCCCCCAACACUAGUGAUGGCAGUGCCAGCCACAGUGAUUUACUUCACUGCUUAUGAUCAGCUCUGUGCUGCUUUCAGACUUCAGAUGGGGGAAAGGGCUGAAAUGGCGCCGUUGUUGGCAGGAGCUGUUGCCAGAGUUGGUUCUGCUACAUUGAUUAGUCCAUUAGAACUGAUCCGCACUAAGCUGCAAUCACAGAGACAGUCGUACAGAGAACUAAGCGCUGUGAUUCGCUCAGCUGUGCACACUGAAGGCUGGCUCACUCUUUGGAGAGGUCUUGGGCCCACUCUUCUCAGAGAUGUACCAUUUUCAGCAAUGUACUGGUAUAAUUAUGAGAAAGCCAAAGCCUGGUUAUGUCAGUACAACAAGAUCAGUGAACCCACCUUCAGCAUCACCUUCAUCUCAGGUGCCGUGUCUGGAUCUAUUGCAUCGAUUGCUACUCUGCCAUUUGAUGUGGUGAAGACGAGAAGGCAGGUGGAGCUGGGAGAACUGCAGGCCAAGAACUUGUCACCUCGAGCUUCCAGUUCAACAUAUAAUGUGAUGAAAAGAAUUGUGGCAGAAUCAGGUGUCAGAGGACUUUUUGCAGGUUUUAUGCCCAGACUGAUAAAAGUGGCUCCAGCUUGUGCAAUAAUGAUCAGCACCUAUGAGUUUGGCAAGGCCUUCUUCCGCAAACAGAACCAGGAGAGACCAGUUUUGACACUCCAAACCAACAAUACUCGAUCGCUCUAACACACAUUCUAUGUACCCAGUUAAAUCCACUAUCCCUCUUUCAUUCUUCCCAAAAUAUCAGAUUGUCUUUACUACAGCGCUUUUUUAAUUAUUAAUUUUAUUACCAGCAUUUUUAUUUGUAUGUGAAACUCAAUUUUUGGUCUGAUUUGUGCGGGAUAAGUCUGGCUGCUUUACAGGACUGUGUCAAUCAGUUACAGGACUGUGUCAAUCAGUCAAGAAAUGUAACCCCAGUACAAGAGGCCAACAGCUUCUUUAUUUAAAUUACUCCAGUAUUGUCCGUCUUCUUUUAUUUUAGAAUCCCCGGACUUUUGACACUGACCAACGGCAGCUUCUUAUAGGAUGGCUCGGAGCACCAACCUACAUUUCUUUUUCCAUAUUAUUUCACCACUCAUGUUGGCUCUUUAAUCAGACAGUUGUAGUCGCUGUUGCAGGCUGUACCCCAUUCGUCCUUCCCUCCCUCUGUGGCUAGUGUAUUAGUGCCACCUGAGAACCUGCUUCACUUGUUUAUGCUGUUUUAAAUGAGCCUCCCAUCUUGUGCAAAAUAUACAAGUCUUCAUUACUACAUAAUGUUUCCAAGCAGCUGCAUAUACAGUUUUUAUGUUUCUUUUGAACAAAAAGAGGGAUCUUGUGAUGAUGGGUGCGUUAUUACCCUGUGAUCAAAAUAUUGCCCUGAAUUGCACUAGCUCUCACUCUGAUAACAUACAGGGGUUGGACAAAAUAACUGAAACACCUGUCAUUUUAGUGUGGGAGGUUUCAUGGCUAAAUUGGACCAGUCUGGUGGCCAAUCUUCAUUAAUUGCACAUUGCACCAGUAAGAGCAGAGUGUGAAGGUUCAAUUAGCAGGGUAAG